AUGUCUGCUGUUUCUAACUCAAACUUCAGUAAUUCCAGAUUUAUCCUUACUGGAUUUCCUGGCCUAGAGGUUGACUAUCCCUGGCUCUCCAUUCCCUUUUCUUCCAUCUAUGCUGUCGUUUUCUUGGGAAACUGUAUGGUGCUCCAUGUGAUCCGGACUGAGCCGAGCCUACACCAGCCCAUGUUCUACUUCCUGGCCAUGUUGGCCCUCACGGACCUGUGCAUGGGGCUGUCCACCAUGUGCACAGUGCUGGGGAUCCUGUGGGGGUUCGUGCAAGAUAUCAGCCUGGACUCCUGCAUUGCCCAGUCCUAUUUCAUCCACGGUCUGUCCUUCAUGGAGUCCUCUGUUCUCCUUACCAUGGCAUUUGACCGUUACAUUGCCAUUUGCAACCCACUACGCUACUCCUCCAUCCUCACCAAUGACAGAAUCAUAAAAAUCGGGGUGACAAUCUUAUGUAGGAGCUCCCUACUCAUACCUCCAGUCAUCAUUCGCCUGAGGUUUUUAAAUUACUGCCGCCCCCACAUCCUUUCUCAUUCUUUCUGCCUGCACCAGGACCUAAUUCGAAUGGCCUGUUCAGACAUCCGCUUCAACUACAUCUAUGGUCUGGCACUGGUAAUCAGCACCCUGCUUUUGGAUGCAGUGCUUAUCCUCAUCUCCUAUAUCAUGAUCUUGUAUGCAGUCUUAGCUAUUGCAUCACGGGAAGAGAGGAUCAAGUCCUUGCAGACUUGUGUGUCUCAUAUCUGUGCUGUUUUAGUUUUCUACGUCCCGAUCAUUGGCCUGACCAUGGUGCACCGCUUUGGGAAACAUCUCUCACCAAUGGUUCAUGUCCUCAUGGGCAACAUCUAUAUCCUUUUCCCACCUUUGAUGAACCCGAUUAUUUAUAGUAUCAAGACUCAACAAAUAAGAAAGAGAAUCCAGAGAUUAUUUUACUUGAAAGGAAUAUAG